AUGUCUGUAGAGAAUUUCACUUAUCUUCUGGAGAGGGUAACUCCUCAUAUUGUCAAGAAGGAUACACACCUCAGGAAAGCCAUCAGCCCUAGGGAGAGGCUUUCUGUUACUCUGAGAUUUUUGGCAACAGGAGAGACCUUCAACUCGUUGAGUUUCCAAUAUAGGAUUGGAAGCACCACAGUAAGCAAGAUCGUGAUGGAAACAUGCACAGCCAUUACCUCUGUGUUGUGUGAAGAGUACUUGAAGACACCAUCAACUGAUGCUGAAUGGAAGGCCAUUGCCAGCGACUUUUGCAGCAAGUGGCAGUUUCCCCACUGCUUGGGGGCUAUAGAUGGCAAGCACAUCUUCAUUCAACCCCCUGCCAAGAGUGGAAGCAUGUUCUACAACUAUAAAUCAAGAUUUUCAAUCAUCCUUAUGGCUGUAGUGGAUGCAAGUUACACGUUUGUCUAUGCAUGCACAGGGACACAGGGAAGGGUGUCAGACGCAGGAGUGUUUGCCCAUUCGGACUUGAGGGAAGCAACGGACACAGGCACCCUGAACUUCCCCCCCACAGAUACCCUGCCAGGCACUGAUGCUGUGAUGCCAUAUGUGCUGGUUGGUGAUGAGGCUUAUCCUCUCCGCCCUGACCUCAUUAAACUAUAUCCAUUUAGGAACCUCAACACCAAUCAACAAAUAUACAAUUACCGCCUGUCCAGAGCUCGAUGUGUGGUGAAAAACGCAUUCGGAAUUCUGGCGAACCACUUCCGAGUCAACGCAGGCCCAGAUGCCUACGUACCACUUGGAUACGUAGACACAGAGGAUGCCAACCAUCAGCUUGUUGAAGGAGCCUGGAGAAGGGAGGGAGGGCUUCAAUCAGUUUCAAUGGGCCGAGCAAGAAACCCUUCAGUGGAGGCAAAGAUGCAGCGGGACCUCCUUUGCAACUACUUUGUCACACCUGCAGGGAGUGUUUCUUGGCAAGAGAACAUGGUGUAG